AUGGUAUCACUAAUUUCGACUGCUGUUAACUUGCUGGUUUUUGUUCUCAUUACCAUCAGUACUGCCGAUGGACGAGCACCCGCGAAAGUAUUGGAGGGAACUGAUGCUGAGCCGGAAAAGUUAUCGUAUAUGGCGUCCCUAAGGAGACAUAACAUACACAUUUGCGGAGGGACUUACAUCAGUCCUUGUCAUGUUCUUACUGCGGCUCAUUGUUUCGUGGGACGUGCUGAUCCACCGUAUACGGAAGGGCUCGUGGUCGUAGGAAAAGCUGCGUUAAAUCGGUAUGCUGGAGUAACUCAUGAGGUUGAAAAAGUAACGCCUCACAGUGGUUUCGAAAGGGGGACUAAAAGCCGAUGGCGCAAUGAUAUCGCUGUUGUGAAGUUGAAAAAAAACAUAACGAUCAGUCCAUAUGAAAAACCUAUAGCUUUGCCAACAGUAGACACACCGAGUGAAAUAAUAGCGAUACUAAGUGGAUGGGGACAAACAACUUUGCGAGGUGCAGAGACAGACCGACUUCAACAAAUGAUGGUUCAUGUAAUUUCUAACGAAGAGUGUAAUAAGAGGGAUGCUGAUGUUCUCUCAUCCAAUUUGUGUGGAUACAAUGGUCGCGGACAUGGUUUUUGUAAUGGUGAUAGCGGUGGUCCUUUGGUCUAUGAUGGAACUAUUGUCGGUAUUGUUUCGUUUUCCAUAGCCUGUGGGUCAGGAUAUCCAGAUACAUACACUCGUGUUUAUCAUUACAUUGAUUUUAUUAACAAAACUAUGAACGAAUCAUAAAUUAUUUAUGGGAAUCCAAUCGAAUGAAUUCAUUGUUAUCGAUUGUAAAGUAAUUAAAUUAUAUUGUUAAAUAUUAUUAUAUCAAUUUCAUGACCUUAUUAUUGUAAUUAAAAUAAAUACUCCUUGGACUCAC